AUGAUAGCUUUCCCAAGUGCGGCCGUGCAAUCCAGUUCCUUGAGAUGCCCUUUUACCCGGGAGACAAAUGGAUUAUGUAUACAUAAAGGUUCUGUUUCUUCCGUUGCUUUUAUGAGAAAGAGAGUUGAAUGGAAGGAAACAAGAGCGGCAAGAAAACCAGAAAUAGUGGCUUCUAGUAUGUCACUUUCUCUAAACAGCCCACAUGAGGCCAAGGGUGAUAAGGAAAAUGUUGUGUUUUUCGGGUUAAAGAAGCCAAUGGAUGUAAGAAGAUCUAACCAAAUAUUUAGUUUAUACAGGAGUACUGGAGUUUAUUGCAAGGCAGCCUCCUCUGGAGAUAUAUCCAGCAGUGGUCCUAGUCAAAUGAGCCAGUAUGAGAAAAUUAUUGAAACAUUGACCACUCUGUUUCCUGUAUGGGUCAUUUUAGGUACUGUCAUUGGUAUUUACAAGCCUGCAAUGGUAACUUGGUUAGAAACAGACUUAUUCACGGUUGGUUUGGGGUUCCUCAUGCUUUCAAUGGGAUUGACAUUGACAUUCGAGGACUUCAGAAGAUGCUUGCGCAAUCCUUGGACUGUGGGUGUAGGAUUUUUGGCUCAGUACCUCAUCAAGCCGAUGUUAGGCUUUUUCAUUGCUAUGACACUAAAAUUGUCUGCUCCUCUGGCCACUGGACUUAUUUUGGUGUCAUGCUGUCCUGGAGGACAAGCAUCAAAUGUUGCUACAUAUAUAUCCAAGGGCAAUGUUGCACUUUCAGUUCUCAUGACGACUUGUUCCACGAUUGGGGCCAUUGUGAUGACUCCGCUCUUGACAAAGCUUCUAGCUGGCCAACUUGUGCCAGUUGAUGCAGCAGGCUUAGCUAUCAGCACAUUUCAGGUUGUGUUAGUGCCAACUGUUAUUGGAGUUUUAUCGAACGAGUUUUUCCCAAAGUUCACCUCAAAAAUAAUUACCGUUACACCGUUAAUUGGGGUUAUCCUGACCACUCUUCUCUGUGCCAGUCCAAUUGGGCAAGUUUCAGAAGUGCUGAAAACUCAGGGUGCACAAUUAUUACUCCCAGUGGCCUUAUUACACGCUGCAGCCUUUUUUCUUGGUUAUUGGAUAUCAAAAUUAUCAUUUGGCGAAUCAACUUCCAGGACCAUAUCUAUUGAAUGUGGAAUGCAGAGUUCUGCACUUGGAUUUCUGCUAGCCCAGAAGCACUUCACAAAUCCACUUGUGGCUGUACCUUCUGCCGUGAGCGUUGUCUGCAUGGCGCUGGGUGGAAGUGCCCUAGCAGUGUAUUGGAGGAACCAGCCGAUUCCGAUUGAUGACAAGGACGAUUUCAAGGAAUAG